ACGUUAGUACGAUUUCAUCCGGCGCACGGUACAGUUUCGGUCGGAGCAGAGGGUAUAGAACAAACCACGUGUUUUCUGAAUUUUUGUACAAAUGUACAUGAUUUGUUACAUGUUGUGUUAGAAAGUGAUUGUAGUGUGUUAUUUUGGAUGAUAAUAUAAUAGUGACAAUGAUUGGGAACGUGGACAGCACGAUGAGAUCCGCUUUCUUCUGCGCUGCUGUAAUUGCGAUUUGCAGGAGUAAUACAGUUAUUGCACAUGGACAUGACAACGUCCACAUCACUCCAAAUGCUACUGAAAUCGUGAGAUUCGUCAAUGAUAAACAUAUGGUCACUUGUCAUGGCCAUAAAGGAACGAAGGUGCGAUGGCUAAAUCCACGCGGUGACCCUGUCACCGAGUCCCGGGGUCGAAUUCACGUCGAGCCGCGGCCAGCUAUAGCACCAGGUGCAAAAGCUCUUGUCUUUCUUCACAUUGCUGGUGUCGACCGCGGAUUGUGGGUGUGCGCCGGGGACGGCGGCGGCGGCGGAUCACCUGCCGAACAGCGGAAGACUUUUAGAUUAAUAGUAAACGAGCCGAUUUCAUUCAUGGAUACACCAAAUGAGCAAUAUGCUCCUGAAAACAAAGACGCAACGGUCCGUUGUGAGGUACGUGGUGAUCCUGAGCCAAAAGUUUCUUGGCAACUUAAUGGUCAACAAAUUGCACUGCCUAGUGAACGAUAUAGCAAGUUAGCAGAUGGGCUUUUGAUAAAGAAAGUAACAAUUAAAGAUAGAGGUUUUUAUACUUGUAAAGCAUAUCAAGUUUCGACUGCAGUCAGUAACGUACAAGAACGAACAAUUAAACUAAAUAUCCAACAUAAACCGAUGAGUCCUGCAAAUCCGAGACCUCAGCUGGUUUACGGAUUUGUAUCAGGAGUUGUUAAUGUAACAUGCGAAGCCCUAGGAGAACCACCAGCUAAUUUCACCUGGAUGAGAAAUAAAAAGCCUCUAAAAGAAGCAAUAGUAUUCAAUUCAGAACAUUCAACUACGUUGCAGUUACCUAUUACGGACUCUAAUGACUUUGGAAAUUAUACGUGCAGAGCAGCAAAUUUUCUCGGCUAUCUUGAUAGAACAGUAACAAUUAAGGAAGGUGCCAAACCUGAUCCGCCCGCUAAAGUUUUACUGCGGACCGCCGGUGCUGAUUCUCUGGAAUUUGAAAUUACUGGUCCUAAAAAUCCACAGCCGAUUAAAGAAGGCAAAAAUGAAGUAGAUAUGCGGAUAUUAGGUUUUAGAUUUCAAUAUGCGCCUCUUGCGGAUUGGGGCGAACAAAAGGAUGAUGUUUGGGCACAUUCUGGAGAAAUUGACAUUGAUAUAGAGCAAGGGGCAAGUGACGGAUAUGUUCUAUCAUCAUUGAGUACGUCGACGCCUUACAUGGUGCGCGUUGCUUCCCGCAAUGCUGCCGGACUCAGCGAUUUCACGAUACCCGUCCGAUAUUCGACAACUGUCCUGCACGCUCUGGGCGCAACAUCGGCCGCCAAUAUGAAGAUCACUAUUUUAGCUACAACGAAAUUAGCUUUAUUUGUAUUUUUGUCAUUGUUGAUUACAAAAAACUUCCUUGUGUUAGUUUAAAUAAGCAGAAGCAUUCCAUGUAUAUUAUAAAUGAAAUAUAUCAAGCAAAAAUGAUAAAAGUCUUGAUAUACUUCGAGUUUAUGACUGAAAUUCCAACGCAACUAUUCAAAUGAAUUUUUGAACGCAUGCAUGGGCAAACUGUAGAAUCUAAUAAUUUGGCAAAUAUAAACAUAUAUAUAUAAUAAAGUUAUAAUGACUGUUACUGAGUUGAGUUAAACUCCGAAGAAAUGUGUGAGAGAUUCUAUUGCCAUUUCACACCGCCAUGCUCGAAAUAUGCUUAUGUUGUAUUGGAAACAUAAUUUUCAUCUCUGAAUGGACAUCGCUGCUUACCGAUGUCAGGUUGCUAGAGCGGGGGCUCCAACUUCUGUAGACAUCACAUUUUCGUUGACAUUAUGUAGACAGUGUAGCGAUUUCGAACCCGCGCUCUGGAAUGUCUGAUACUGUGCAGUAGCGAUGUCCAUUUUCAGUAAAAUAUGAGCUUGGGCGUAAUAUGUAAAUUAUAUAAGAAACAAGAAUGAUAAGAUGAGUCAUGGUGCCGGCAACUGCAUAAAAGAACAUA